AUGUCCAAGUGCGACAAAAUCCGGCACAUUGUUAGAAUCCAGCAAAUGCUUAAACGGUGGCGGAGGAAGGCAAGAGUGACAGCAGGAGCAACAAGUUCACGUACUGCUGCUGCUGCACCGUCUGAUGUCCCAGCAGGUCACGUAGCUGUCUGUGUGGGAGCCAGUUGCAAAAGGUUUGUUGUACGUGCGACGUACCUUAACCAUCCCAUCUUCAAGAACUUGCUCGUGGAAGCCGAGGAAGUGUACGGUUUCAGAAACAUUGGGCCGCUAGCUAUCCCAUGUGACGAGGCUGUCUUUGAAGAGAUUCUCCGGGUCGUGUCGAGAUCCGACCCGAGCAAUUCAGGUCGGUUUUUAAAUCUUGAUGACCUUAAGAGAUGCUGCCACGUGGGCAUGAGGAGAAAUAUUGAGCUUUUGGGUGAAUCAAGGCCGUUGCUUCAUGGAGAUGACAAGUAG